AGAAAGUAAAAGGAUGAGUUUGAGAUAUUGAAAAAGGCAGAAAUGUCUCCGUCUAGAAUUGAAAUAUCUAGCAAGUAAGGCUGACUGCAAAGGAGUUUCUACCCCGAAGUGAUCUGGCGAAGAGCAAACUGUGAGAGCAAAUUUGCACUAAUGCAACGAAGCUUGAGCUCUAUAAGGCGGUAGAGGGAAGUGAAGGGGUGGAGCUUUAUGAGCUUUCUGGAACACUAACUGAAGGAACCAGAGUAACAGGUCUGAUUAGGGAACACCGGAUGCCCAUGGCAUGAUGCCUGGAAAGAGACAGCUUAGACUGGGAGUGAGGAGUUAGACAGAGGAGAGGACAGGAGCGGAGAGGAGUGACCAGAACCCUACACUCUACCCUACCCCUACCGGCUGCUGCAGUGUGGCUGUGCAUUGCGGUGCCACUCUCAAACCCCACUGUGAUAUUCCUCAGCCAGGCAGGAACCAUGCCGGCCCUGGCCACCGGAUCUGGAAAUGACUCAGAUCUGUAUGAGCUGCUGUCUGCCCUGCCCUCCCAGCUCCAGCCCCAUGUUGACAGCCCGGACGACAGCACCUUUAUACACGACAUGUUCGGAGAGAGGAGCCUCCACUCGCUGGUCAAGAUCCACGAGAGGCUGCAGCACUAUGAGCAUCGUAGUCCUGCCCCCGUCAUGGACAGCGCAGGGUCCCUAGCCACUGACCUGUCUGAAGAACUGCAGGUUAAAGGUGGCAGUGGAGGAAUCAGAGAGCUGCUAAAACUACUGGCUAAGCCCCACGUCAAGAGUCUUCUGUCCGUCCAUGACACGGUAGCCCAGAAGAGUUAUGACCCCGAUCUGCCUCCGUUGCCCGAUGACAUCGAUGAUGACGAGGAGUCAGUGAAGAUUAUACGACUGGUCAAGAACAAGGAGCCUCUCGGAGCCACAAUAAAGUGUGAUGAGCACACAGGAGCCAUCCUUGUUGCCAGGAUCAUGAGAGGUGGAGCUGCAGACAGAAGUGGUCUGAUCCGUGUAGGCGACGAGCUGAGGGAAGUGAACGGGAUUCCUGUGGAUGACAAGAAGCCUGAUGAAAUCCUCCGCAUUCUGGCCCAGUCUCAAGGGGCCAUUACGUUUAAAAUAAUACCAGGUAUCAAAGAGGAGGCGCCGAGCAAGGAGCCCAAGAUGUUUGUGAAGACACUGUUUGACUACGAACCAGCGGAGGACAAAGUCAUCCCGUGUAAGGAGGCGGGUCUGACCUUCAAGAGGGGAGAUAUCCUUCAGAUCAUGAGCCAGGAUGAUGCAACCUGGUGGCAGGCCAAACAAGACAGCCAUGCCAACCCCCGCGCCGGCCUCAUACCCUCCAAAGAGUUCCAGGAGAGAAGAUUUGCACUGCGUCAGCCCGCCACCCAUGUUUUUCAGGCCCAGAAGAUCUCCAACAGAAGAUCAUCUGGUUUUCGCCGGAGCUUCCGCCUCAGCAGGCGAGACAAGAAGACUAACAAAUCCAUGUAUGAGUGUAAGAAGAGUGAGCAGUAUGACAUGGCUGACGUGCCCACCUACGAGGAGGUGACUCCCCACUGCAGGCAGAGUGGGGCCAAGCACAGGCUUGUGGUCCUCGUCGGUCCCGCGGGGGUAGGUCUAAAUGAGCUGAAGAGGAAGCUGCUGAUCUCUGACCCCCGACACUUCAGCGUUACCGUGCCACACACCAGCCGGCCGAAGAGGAACCAGGAGAUUGACGGGGUGGAGUAUCACUUCAUCUCCAAAAAUAUAUUUGAGAUGGACAUCCAAAACAACAAAUUCGUAGAGCAUGGUGAGUAUAACGGGAACUACUAUGGGACCAGUCUGGACUCUGUGCAUUCUGUCCUGUCCAAGAACAAGGUGUGCCUGCUGGACGUUCAGCCUCAUAUGAUAAAGCACUUGAGGACGGCAGAGUUUAAACCCUACGUGGUGUUUGUGAAGCCGCCGCCCAUCGAGCGCCUGCGGGAGACCAGAAGGAACGCUAAGGUCAUCUCAGGCAAGGACGACAAGGGAUCCGCCACGCCAUUCUCGGAGGAGGACUUCCUGGAAAUGGUGAGCACCGGACAGCAGAUGGAGAGCCAAUACGGCCACUUGUUUGAGAAGGUGAUCGUCAACGACGACCUGACAGCAGCAUUCAGUGAACUGAAGGGGGCUCUGAAGAAGAUGGAGACAGACACUCACUGGAUACCCAUCAGAUGGACUCACUCCUGAGAACCACAGAGAGAGAGAGACUUUUUGAGAAAGAAGAUUAAAAAGGGAAGGACUUUUUAACAAAGUUGUUAGUAUAUUUAUAUAUUUUACCCUUAUUUCUGCCAUGUGUGUGGUGGGCAUUGUUGGAUAGCAGUGAACUGACUUUAUAUAUUGCACUACCCACAGUUGCUCUGGUCAAGGUACUAUGUAGGAAAUAUGGUGCCAUUUUGGGACGAAGCCUGUAUCUCUCUCUGGGUCUUCCACUGGGCCCUGUCCAGCUCAGUCAACAGUCAAUGCACUGGACAUCUUGAGAGUGGGGCUGGUCUGAUCUGGUUUUAGACCGCUGCUCUGUCUUCAGAUCGCUUUCACUGUGACUGCCAAUCAGUGCUGUGCCAGUACGUACUGUAACUACAAGCUCCUUCCUUAGUGUGUUUUUAACAUUAGUUUAUAGAAAACUGGAUUGACAGUGGGCUGUGUUUACAUGUACAUUUCUGUAUGUUACUGCAAAGCCUCAAGAAGAGAAUAAUGGGGAAAGAGAUACAAAUAAACAUUUUCCUUUCAAGUCUUAAACUCUGCUUCAGUCCAAAAGUUCACCCUUUUCUCUAUGUAGUGCACUACUUUUGACCAAGGCCCAUAGCAAUCUGGUCAAAAAUAGUCCACUAUAUAGGGGUAGGGUGCCAUUUCUGAUGCACCUUCAAACUCCGAUAAACUAUGCCCUUGCCGUUUUUAACGCUUCCAUAGACGGUUAUGCCAAGAUGGCAAAGCAAAAUGGUACAGUACACUCAUCGAAGGGAACAACAGGUGUCAUUUUAUUUAAGAGAAAUGAAUAUAUUUUCAUAUUUUUCUGCUAUUUUACAUACCUUUUAUAGAUGACAUAUUUCUAACAUAUUUUUUAAAGAAGCACCAUGAUACUGUCACUGUAUAACCUGAGGUGAUUCCUGACGUUACUUUGAUGUUGGAAGCCUUCUUUCAAGGCAUCAGACAGUGUCUUGUCGUCGUACCUCAAGUUUCCGUGCCCUACUUACACAGAGUGCGUUCUAAACGGCACCCUUAUUCCCUAUAUAGGGAUUUAGGACAACGUCUAGGUGUUUUAUACUUUUUUAUUUAGGAGCUAUUUAAAAAGAGAUAUUUAAACCCUACUUUGAAUACUUUACUCAUGACGGUGACCAGGCAGCAAAACAAUUUGCCAAUUAAACUACCAGACAUUGGCUUGUCAUUUGUAAGUAAAAUGUUCUCAAUCUAGUAUAAUUAGGGUGGAGUGGAGGUAGCCUUAAUUUAUUCUCAUAAAACAGGCCUAAAACAAGGAACCUUACAGAGGGCUCCAUAGCGCUAAUAGAUUUACAACAGACCGAAGAAAAAAAAGUAGCUGCUUCUAACUUAACAAGGUUCAGGUUAUAUAGAGAAAGGUUAGAGUUGCUAGUCCUCCACACUUCUCUUUCAAUUUCCCUCCUGUCUCUCUGUCUAUCCCUCUACCCUUUCCCUGCUAUUCAGUUUCUGUAUCCCACGGUUAGGUGGCUAGACUAUAAAGUGUAUGUUGGAUUGUUUGAUGAGAUCAUUUCUGGAGCUAUGAUGUUGAGGGUUUAAAAACUCUGGUAGCUUUCCCCAAAUUGUAUGGACAGUUACCAGAAUUUUGCAACCCUGAUCAUGUCUGAUCUUCAAAGAAUCCCUACACAAAUGGGAGGUUCAUUCGGCUUCCUCUCGACAUUUCAUACAGUUCCUCCUGUAUAGGGUAGCAAUUAUUUAGAUUUUUUUCAUUCCUUGGUUUUCCAGGAUUCCUGGUUGGAAUAUUCCUGGAAUCAGGAGGGAAUUACCAGGAGAUCCUCGAAUCCUUACCGGAAUUCUCCAACCCAACUCCUGUAGUCUGCGUAUAGGCCCUGCUGGGUGCAGUGACCUCACGAGCGGUGACCUCAUGUUCUCUCUUCCCAAGUUUUCACACUUACACCACCAACCAUAGGUGUUAGUUAGUUAGCUCCGUUUCCAGCUAAGGUCAUGAAGAGGCACCACAGCUAUCUCUCUCUCGGUCUGGUGUCUGUUUUCUCUUUUAAAGCUGUUCUCUCUGACUCUCUCUCUGUCUGGUGUCUGUUUUCUCUUUUAAAGCUGUUCUCUCUCUCUCUCGGUCUGGUGUCUGUUUUCUCUUUUAAAGCUGUUCUCUCUGACUCUCUCUCUGUCUGGUGUCUGUUUUCUCUUUUAAAGCUGUUCUCUCUCUCUCUCUCGGUCUGGUGUCUGUUUUCUCUUUUAAAGCUGUUCUCUCUGACUCUCUCUCUGUCUGGUGUCUGUUUUCUCUUUUAAAGCUGUUCUCUCUCUCUCUCUCUCUCUCUGUCUGGUGUCUGGUUUCUCUUUUAAAGCUGUUCUCUCUGUCUGGUGUCUGGUUUCUCUUUUAAAGCUGUUCUCUCUCGCGCUCUCUCUCUGUCUGGUGUCUGUUUUCUCUUUUAAAGCUGUUCACUCUCUCUGUCUGGUGUCUGUUUUCUAUUUGAAAGCUGUUCUCUCUCUCUCUGUCUGGUGUCUGUUUUCUUUUUUAAAGCUGUUCUCUCUCUCUCUCUCUCUCUCUGUCUGGUGUCUGUUUUCUCUUUUAAAGCUGUUCACUCUCUCUGUCUGGUGUCUGUUUUCUAUUUGAAAGCUGUUCUCUCUCUCUCUGUCUGGUGUCUGUUUUCUUUUUUAAAGCUGUUCUCUCUCUCUCUCUCUCUCUCUGUCUGGUGUCUGUUUUCUUUUUUAAUGCUGUUCUCUCUCUCUCUUUUUUUUCUUUUAUCCCUUAAUUUUUAUUGAUCAAAAAAUGUCUUUAUAUCACAGGUGUGCCUGUUUAGUUUUUUUCUGAUUAUCAAGCUUAUUUAAAAAGAUAUUUUUGUUUCAGGUUAAGCCACUAGAAUACCAUGUUUAUCUACACUUCCGGUUUAACCCUUAAGUUUUCCCAUCAUUUUAUUACAUGUUCAUGUAAUGUUAGGUUCAUAAUUACCCUCUAGCCAUCCAUAUCAUUGAUCGGAAUCAGAAGUUCAGUCUGUGAGGGUAUUUUUCUUCAGACUGAAUAUGAAAUAUUUUAUUUGGCAAGUUGUAAGAGUUUUCUUUUUAUUUGUACAUUUUAUAUUAAAAUAUUCAACCAAAUGUGUACUUUUUAAGAUGUUAAUAAGUAUGGCAAGUGAACGAUGAUUGUAGUCGUGAGAGAAUUUUCCUCUCAUAACAGUGAUAUGGGACACUUGGGGUUGUUAGAAUCGUGUGUCUAGAAUGUGUUUCUGAGCCCUUGAGUGCCAUUUAGCUCAACUUUCACUCGCGCCGAUGAAGAAGAAAAACACCUUCACAGAGACACUUUGAGUGCACACUUGUGUAAAUAGAACUCAGAUGCUAUGUCCAAAAUGGAACCUGAUUCCCUUUAUAGUGCACUACUUUUCACCAGGGCCCAUAAGUAAUGCGCUAUGUAGGGAAUAAGGUGCCAUUUGGGAUGGAACCUCACAUUCACAUCUUUCAUCUGUAGAUGUCUGAUUUCCUCAGAGAGCAGUGAUCAUUGCUAAUUUAUUUAUCAUCUAAGCAAUUACUGUCGUAGACAGCUCUGCUGUGUUGACAUCCUAGCCUCAGAGAGAUCAUUGAUAUCAAUCAAUCAAUCAUCACCUGAA